UCUCGCUGCAAUGUUUUAUUAAAAUCUGUCAUCUUAUAGAUUGAAAUCUGUGACGAUUUAAUCGGAAAUAUGACCGAAGAAGAUUAAAAUUCGGAUUGGGUUUUGUUUACCUUAAGAAACUAAUAAACUAGAACUGUUUUCGUAAAAGUUCAUCGGCUGCUUCUUGGAAAGUUCUAAAAAAAGCAAGACAGUGAUCUGAGCUCACCGAAAGUUUUCUAAAUAUGGAGCAAAUGGCCUGUGCAGCUCAUGGCCAUGUAAAAGACUCCUCUCGUCGGCAUCGCGUCAAGUCUUUUGAAGACAGGACGUCCCUCCUCGGCAGUUACGACAUCCAGACGUAAUAUUAGACAUUUCGACUCGGAAGGAAUCAUGCGGCCCCAGCUAUAUCGUCAGAGAUGGCGCGAUCCGAAAUUAGUUUUCUUGUCCGCUGUUUUUGUUAUAACUUACUUCUCUCUCUUCGCUGGAUACAAAAGAAAAGGAACUUGUGCUCGUUUUUCCACCAGCCACUUGCUCCUCGAAGACGAUGAAUCUGUUUAUGCCUAUGCGAGACAUGUCACGCGGCACCUUUUGGAGAGUGCCGGGAAUGAAAGCAGGGCAAACAGCAGCGAAGAAGAAGAACCUCCCCAAGCCCAGUUCCCGGAGGACAUCUUCACUGCCCAACAGCGGAGGCACGGGGCUGUUAUCCUUCAUGUCUUUGGUCUUGUGUAUAUGUUUGUCGCACUGGCCAUCGUGUGUGAUGAGUUCUUCGUGCCAGCUCUGGAUGUAAUCACCGUUAAGUUGGACAUUUCGGAAGAUGUGGCCGGUGCGACGUUCAUGGCGGCGGGAGGUAGUGCCCCGGAACUCUUCACUAGUGUCAUCGGUGUCUUUAUAUCGUAUGAUGAUGUCGGCAUCGGAACCAUUGUUGGCUCUGCCGUCUUCAACAUCUUGUUUGUCAUCUCAAUGUGUGCCAUCUUCAGCAAAACUGUUCUCAGCUUGACUUGGUGGCCAUUGUUUCGCGACGUGACCUUCUAUUCAGUAAGUCUUAUUGUGCUGAUAGUCUGUUUCAAGGACAACAUUAUUUAUUGGUACGAGGCCACCGUCUUGCUCGCCUGCUAUGCCGCCUAUGUCACCUUCAUGAAGUACAAUGAACCUACAGAAAAGGCAGUCCGAAAGCUUCUCAAUAGGAGCAGAUUCACCAGAGUCGGCAGCAAAGACCAUCUGGUACCUAGCAUGAAGAAGCGACGAGCCAGCACACCCAUCCUGCAUGCCGGCAGCAAAUUCAGACACGGUCUUCUACAGCUCAUGAUACAUUCCAUCGACCCUCUACAUGACGGUAAACUGGACGAGAAAGCUUCCCAGCUGCACGCCAUAGCAUCCCUAAGGGUUCUCCUAGAUGCCGCCAAGGCAAACGGCGGGUACCCCAGCGGUGUGCCUGUCCCACCCACUGGUGGUUGUUGCUCUUCUUGCGCAUCAUGCCAGCAAUGUCUGUCGUGCCCGACGUGCCAGAGGCCACUCAUGAGGCCCAUUAUCCCACCUCAGACCACCGACCCUUCCAAUCCAGUGACACUGAACUCCUACAUUGUCACGGCCAACGAAGGCCCUGUUCAUUAUCCUACACCAAACGCCCAUUUGCCCGCCAUAGGGACAAGCGUACCUGGCACAGGAGCCAAGCGGCCGCCGCAGUUGCCACAGCAGGACCCGCUUACCAAUGUUCAGAGCCUGCAGUCAUCAACGUCUCCGACCACGUUGGCCAACGGGUCCACUGGCGAGAAGGAGAAGCACGAGGAGACCUCCUUCUGCAGCAACAGCGUCACCUGUAGGUCACCUGUCAAAAGCAACGUUACGCCACCCCUCAUCAGCACCAUCAUGAGCGAAAGCCCCACAGUGACCAUCAUACAGCCUGGAGUUAGUCCUUGCACCAACCCUGCGGCUGACGUCCAGGAAGUUGUCGCAGCCCUUCAGGCGAAACCUGAACCCGAGAUCGAAGUGGAUGAACCAUUAGAUAUCUCAUGGCCAACAACCAACAAGAAACGAAUCACGUACAUCCUCAUGGCUCCAAUCAUCUUCCCUCUUUGGCUCACACUUCCCGAUGUCAGACGAGAUGAAAAAAAGAAAUGGUUCUUCAUUACCUUCCUCGGGAGCAUUCUAUGGAUUGCUAUAUUUUCUUACUUAAUGGUUUGGUGGGCAACUGUCGUCGGACAAACCAUUGGAAUUCCAAACGAGGUAAUGGGGCUGACGUUCCUGGCUGCUGGCACCAGUAUUCCGGACCUUAUUACCAGCGUCCUGGUCGCCAGAAAAGGGUUCGGCGACAUGGCUGUUUCCAGUUCUAUUGGCAGUAAUAUCUUUGACGUCACAGUUGGGCUUCCUUUACCGUGGCUCUUGUCGGCCCUUGUGUUCGGACCCGUGAAGGUGAGCAGCUCCGGUAUGGCUUGUUCCAUCGUCAUCCUCUUCCUGAUGUUGAUCUUCGUCAUAGUGUCUAUUGCCCUCUUCAAGUGGAAGAUGAACAUCGGUCUUGCUCUUGUCAUGUUCCUCCUCUACUUCGCUUUUGUUGCCAUGAGUCUUUUACUGGAGUACAGAAUCGUCGACUGUGAGAUCAUCAUGGCCUACGUUACUGGCCAAUGAUGACCCUUCGGUCGACAACAGUUUGGAGCAACUAGUUGUUGACUUCCACAACAGUUUAGUGCAAUGACUAUUGACCAUAAAUAACAGUUUAGUACAAACUUGUUACCAUAGAUAACAGUUAUGCAACGAUUAUUUAAUGUGGAUAACAGUUUGUUGCAACGUGACGUUGGCGUGAACAAGAGUUGAUGCAAUGACCACUGAAUGUGGAUACCAAUCUAGCGCAACGGCACUUGAGCGCGAAUUACAAUUCAGUGCAAUGGUGAAUGGAAAUGGUCAACUGGAGCAAAAAUAGCUGGACAGCAGAUGCAAACGUAUAACUGUUUGUAGCAGGAUACCGUCUCCUCUAAAUUAAUUAAUAAACUGACAUUUGAUCUAGGAAGGUCUUUGUUAAAA